CGUCUGAGUCUGUAGAUCUGCAGUAGAGCGUUUGUUGCCAGGCUUUGACUGGACUUGCGCUCAUGGCCCGGUGUUCGGUGUUGUUGUUCGGACUGUGGUGGUCUGUGGCAGCAUUAUGUCUGUGUCUCUGCCCGGCACAGAAAACGUAUUUUCCUCCUACACUGAACAUCAGUCUGGAUGAAGAUCCAGAGUUGCGCUGGAAUCCUCUGCUCACUGUGUUUGACACAGACUUCCUGAAGAAAGCUGCAGCUGAGAUCAUCGACUCUACAGUUCCAAAGUGGGUCCACCAUGCAGUUGCCCCAGUGGUUAAGGUCUUGGAUUUGUUCAUUCCUCAACCAUACGCUGGGGAGAUCCGCGGUUUGGCGUCACAUUUUGGAGGCAGCCUGUCUGACAUCAUCAUUCUAAACUUUGCUUACGAAAUGACUGCAUUCUGCACCAGCAUCGUAGCUCAGGACACAAAGGGAAACAUUUACCACGGCAGAAAUCUGGAUUAUCCACAUAACAUUUUGAGGAAUCUGACUAUCAAUGUGAUUUUCCAAAAGAAUGGAGUGGUGUUGUACCAGGGAACUACCUUUGCUGGCUACAUCGGUCUGUGGACCGCACAGAGUCCAAACAAGUUCACUGUUUCUGGAGAUCAGCGAGGGAGUGAACACUGGAGGAACUGGUGGAAGAAUGCUGUGUCUGCUUUACUCCUGCGGAGGUCACCUGUCAGCUGGUUAGUGAGGGAGACAAUGGAGGUGGCCGAGGAUUUUAAGGACGCAGUGAUGCGUCUCUCUAAAAUCCCUAUCAUCACUGGGGUGUAUUACAUCGUUGGCGGAGUGAGGGCCGGGGAGGGGGUCGUCAUUACCAGAGACCGAAAAGGUCCUGCUGACAUUUGGCCCCUGGAACCAGUAAAUGGAGAAUGGUUCAGAGUUGAGACCAACUAUGACCACUGGCGUCCUCCCCCAGAGAUGGACCAUCGCAGAGAAAUGGCCAACAAGGCCCUGAACGCUACAGGCCAAGUGAACAUCAACAUGGACACACUUUAUCAGGUUUUGUCGCUGUUUCCAGUGUGUAACGGAAUCACUGUUUACACAACAACUAUGAGUGCCGCCCACCCACAGAGGUUCACUUCCCGUGUCAGACCACAGGACUGCAGACCAACGUGACCACAGUCAGGAACACCGGAUAUUUGAACACAACAAAUGAUGUGACAUUAGAGCUAAAUGUUUGUUAUAAUCAAAACUAAUCUUCUGUUUUUAAUUAUAUAAAAUGUAAUUUUAAUACCUUUUUAUGUCGAUUUUAAUAAAAAU